UACUAAAUUGAAUAAGUUUGAUUACAAUUACGCUUUGCACGCAAUUUCAGUGAACAGGUUUCCCCAGAUUUCGUAACAACACAUACUUUUCAACCCUGGUUAUUCUCCAAGUAAUUAAAUGUAAAAUUUCAACUGUGUCUGAAUACAGGGAAAUAGACUAAAUAACAUGUCGAAACGUGUUAAAAGCACCCACUCAAGUCUAGGCAGUUCUAGCCAAAGCCAUUUGCUUAACAAGCAACAUGAAAGCUUAUCUUUUAGUCCCUAAGCAACAUGAAAGCUUAUCCCUAAGCCUAUCCUAAGUUUGCAAGGGUAUUCAUCAUUUGUGCCCUAUAUCGAUCAACUCGGGAAAAACGGCGUGGUGAGAUAUGCGCGCAGAACAAUAAGAUCAUCCAGACCCCCGCUUUUCUAAGUACAGACACCAUGCACUGGAUAGCUCUAGUGUUCGUUUUAACUGCUUUUGUGACGACUGGAUUUCUAGUUUUCAGCGAACUGGAUAAAACACAAGAACUAAUUCGUUCCCUGGGACACCCUAGCUCACUAUUUGCCCGCAGGGACGCUUUUUUUAACGAAACCAGCGCUACCUUCUACAAAAGCUUCGAAGUGGAGGAAAAAGGGCUGCACUCACAUACUUGGAUGCACGUUUGCGCACAGGGAAUCGACGUCUUAUGCCGCUUUCCUCUAUUCCCUAAAAGUCCGGACAAAGUGAACAAAGUCAGACGCCUCGUGAACUCGUCUUCUCUUGGUCAGCGCGUUUUUGGGUUUUUUGUUCCGCCCAUGACGGGCCCUUAUAGAUUUCGUUUGGUAUCGAAACAUCCUACAAAAGUUUGGCUAAGCACCGAUACUUCUCCCUCGAACGCCCGAGAUCUUUUCAACAGCACCGCUCAGGUAUCGGGUAACCUUGAGGUUACAUCAGAAGAGGUUUACAUGCGCCUGGGUCAUCGUUACUUCUUAGAGAUUGUUCGCGGCAGACUAGAGCCACGUGCGGAUUUCCAGUUGUCUUUAAUGUGCCCCGAUGCAGUAGGGUUUAAAGUCAUUGAUGAACAGCACACACAGUUAAUGUAUAGGGAGGUUACACGAGCCACUCCACGCUCAUCUGUCAAGAGUGCUAUUUGUCCACCGUCUUACCAUCAACACUUCGGUGAUGCAAGCCCCGCUAGAUCUCCCCCGAUAGAGUCUCCGGUCCGGUAUCUUGACCACGCUGAAGUGAGUCGAGCUCUGCCUUCUUGUACUUAUAAGCCAAGCUAUGUUACAAGGAAUUGUCCUCCUGGCUGCUUCUUUAGUGAAAGUUUUGUGCCGAUUUAUCGAUACCCAAGCGUAGAUCUACCUCGAGUGGAAAACGAACACAAGCUGAUUGAUGUCGAUCUAAGUAGUGAGGAAGCAAUGCGCAUCACAAAGUCCUACGUGCAACAAUUAGAUGCGGCAUAUCCCAGUAAGUUCAAGCUUCUCGAAAUUAGUUCCGUGGAGAAGAAAGUUAACAAACUCAAUGGAUCCCGGUAUUUUUUGGAGCUGAUAUUUCAGAGUGAAGAUCACCCGGAGCCCAUGAUGCUCUCCGAGAUCAUUUACGAGUACAACGACACCCAGCGAACGUUGUGCUAUCCCGACGGCCUUCAGUGGGAGAGACAAGCGCAUAUCUACAUAGUGAUCGCUAUACGUAACCAAGGCAACUGGAUGGGCCACUUCCUUGAUAACUUACAGGAUAUCUACAGGGACACUAAUGACAAACAUGUCAGUCUACUGGUCUUUGAUUACAACAGUGAUGAUAUUGACGUUGGCUUGGAACUCAGCACUAGGCGUUUACCGCCUCAUCAACUUCUGAAGAAGAGAGGCAACUUUUCUCGUACGGAGUCCAUCAAUGCCUUAGUAAAGCUAGUAAAAGACCCUCGCGCAAUUAUAUUCACCAUGGAUCUUCAUCUCGAACUGCCCCUACGCCUUCUCAAUGACAUUAGAAAGCAUUGCUUUCAGAACAGGAGCGUCUACGCGCCAGUGUUGAUAAGGUUGGGGUGCGGUCACAAUCCUUUAAACAUCAGUGGCAGGUGGGAAAUUCAUGGGUUUGGCAUUGUCGGCAUGUACAAGUCUGACUGGGACCAGGUUGGUGGAUAUCACGAGGGCUAUAAGACAUGGGGAGGAGAAGACUGGCACAUGAUGGAUGGAGUUAUCAGGAAGGAAUUAGAGUACGAACGCGUCCGAGCACAAGGUUUGAUGCAUUAUAGACACCCGAAAAAAGGGAUGUGGAUGGGCAAGAACGAAAACUGGUCUGAUAAGCGAUAGAAAGGCAUGUUGAUGUAUAAGAAUGAAAAAUUGUCUGAGAAGCGAUGGAAAGAUAUUUUGAUGGGCAAGUAUGAUAGCUGGUCUCACAAGCUAUGGAAAGACAUGUAGAUGGGAAAGAAUGCUAGCUGGUUUGUCAAGCAAUAGAAAGGCACAAUGUUGAAAAAACUGGUCUGACAAGCAAUAAAAGGACAUAUGGAUGGGCAAGAAUGGUAGCCGGUUUGAGAUUUGUCAACACUAUGAUGCAGACAUCUAUCUGCAAGUAAUGAACACAUUUGUCGGUUGAGGGUGCACAUCAUUCUUUAUGGUAUUAAUAAAAUCAGCUGUAUUAAUAAAAUUUAGUCAAUUUUAA